GGUUGUUUUUUAAUUUUCGAGACGAUAGGGAGGGGGAUCGUUUUCUUGCGAAGUCUUGAACUUGAGCUAUCGAUGCAUUGGGUGAGCGAAGGGUUUAAAAGGACGAGAGGAUUGGGAAAUUCGGAAACUAGAUCAUAGCAGGGAAUCUGCGUCGUCGGGCUUGUUUUGGCUGUUCUGCUACAUAGAGCUGACGCACGAGCGGAAACACGUGUAUGUUGCCAGCCAGCUGUAUGCAUGUGUCGGCGUUUCUUCACCAGUUACGGAACGCUCUGCCGUUAUAUAGUUUUCUUCGUUAUAUUUUUGCCUGAUUAAAUUACGUCGUCGCAAAAUGAGUAAGGCGCAGAUAAAUAACGAGAUUAUACUUUUGAGAGGCAGUGUGGAGCAAGCACGAGUACAGCUUAUUGCAAAACUCGCAAGAGAUGCGUUUAAAUUACGCAAGAAGAAAGGAACUGAACAGCAGAAAGCUAAAAAUGUUAGAAAGGCAGAUAAGAUAGCUGCUGAAAUCCUUGCAAUCAAGAAAGUAAAAAAGGAUGAAAUCACAAAAUUUAUUUUGUCAAACCCAUUGAACUUGGAUGAGAUUCUUAAGGAUCAGAAGGCAGAACCUCUGACUAGAAUUAUGGCUAGGAUUGCAAACCAUAAAAAGUUCAGUCAAAAAAUUGCUGAAUUCAAAAGCAAGUAUCCUAAUUAUGCAGAAUUUUUAGGCCCUGGAAGAAGAAAGAAGGCGAUAAGCGAAUGGAAGGAAAAUAAGAAAUCAAGGAAAGCUCAGAAAGAGGAAAAUGAUGAAUCCAGUAAGAAUGCUAGCGAUGCAGAGGCCUCAGAGAACAAUGAUGAAAGUUCAGACAAUGGAUCUGAGGCCAAUGAUGACGAUGAAGUAAGCGAAGGUGAGGAGGUGACAUCAGAUGUUGUCGAGGAAAAAGAAAGCGAAGAUUCAGUUGAAGAGAAGGUAACAACUGCAAAAACUGCUAAAAUAAAGAAAAGCAAAAAGAUAGAUAAGGAGAAUGUCAAGAGUACAAAUGUUGUAAAAGGAAAAAAGAACAAAAAGCUUGAAGUAAAAGAUAUUGUGGAACAAGAAAAAGAUAGUGAUGACUCAGAAGAAGAGGAUGUAAAGAGUAAUAUUGUAGAAUCAGAAUCAGUACAAAACGGUACAGUAAAGAAGGAAAAGCCCAAAAAUUCGUUAGGAAAACGAAAGAAAGCAAACAAAGAAGAGAAGCAAAGUACAGAUAAAGAUACAAAACCAGAUGUUAAAAAGAAAAAGAGUGAUACCUCAAAAGUUAUCAGUAAGCAAGCCAUUGUAAAGAAGUUUACUGAUAUACUGAAAGAAGAGGAAUCCAAACCAGAGAUGCAACCAGAAAUCAAUUCUGAUUCUGAGAGAUCAAACCUCAAGAUAGAAAAAGAAGUAGAUUCAUUUUUCUUCUCUGGAGAUGGGGGUGAAAAUUAUUUGAGCGUUGUUCUUCCUAAAAAUAAUUCGAACGAAGACGAAGAAGAAUACGGGAAUGACAGGUUCAACAAGAAACAUUUUUCACGGCAGCAGAACGACAAAUUCUUCAGCAAAGUUAACAAAUUCCAAAAUAACGGUCCCAAUAAUUACAACUCGAACAGGCAAGACUCGAGAUGGGAAGGUCAGCGCGAUAACGAGAGACCUUACGGCAGGGAUAAACCAGGAUUCAAUAAAUUUAACGGCAGAUCGAACGACAGAUUCAAUGACAGGCCUAACAACAGAUUCAAUGGCAAGCCAAACGACAGGUUCAACGACAGGCCCAACAACAAAUUCAACGACAGGCCAAACAACAAAUUCAAUGACAGGCCCAACAACAAAUUCGGCAAUGACCGCAACGACAAGCCUUUCAAAAAGCACGGCAAGGACAGCUUCGAGAGCAAGAGUAACGAGGUUCUGCAUCCAUCCUGGGAAGCCAAGAAGAAGCAGCAGGACAUUCUGAAAAAAGGAUUCCAAGGGAAGAAGAUCGUUUUCGGCGACGAUCUGUGAAAAAAAAAUUGUUGGUAACGCGUUGAGUUUUGUAACAUACUUUGUACAUAUUACGUUAUGUAUUUUUCAAUAAUAAAACACGAAAGUUUAAAAAAAA